AAGCGGUGGGCCCGCUUCCGGUAGUCUUGGCGGACCCAGCGGGUUGGGUAGUGCGGUCGUGGUGGUGGAGUUUGCUGAGCGUUUCCUAGACCUCAGUAGGCAUGUCGGCGGCUUUUCGUAAGGCAGCCAAGACCCGGCAGCGGGAACACCGAGAACGAAGCCAGCCUGGCUUUCGAAAACGCCUGGGUUUGCUGGAGAAAAAGAAAGAUUACAAACUUCGUGCAAAUGACUAUCAUAAAAAACAAGAUUUCCUCAGAGCUCUCCGGAAGAAGGCUCUUGAAAAAAAUCCAGAUGAAUUCUACUAUAAAAUGACUCGGGCCAAACUCCAGGAUGGAGUUCAUGUUUUCAAAGAAAGCAAGGAAGAAGUAACAGCAGAGCAGCUAAAGCUGAUGAGAACUCAGGACAUCAAGUACGUAGAGAUGAAAAGGGUGUCGGAGGCGAAGAAAAUUGAAAGACUGAAAUCAGAGCUCCACCUGCUGGAUUUUCAGGGGAAGCAACAGAACAAACAUGUGUUCUUUUUUGACACCAAAAAAGAAGUUGAACAGUUUGAUAUUGCGACUCACUUGCAAACGGCCCCAGAACUAGUUGACAGGGUCUAUAAUAGACCCAGGAUAGAGACCUUGCAGAAGGAGAGAGUGAAAGGAGUCACCCCUCAGACUCGACUCAAGCGGAUAGCCAAGGAACGACAGAAGCAGUAUGACUGCUUGACACAGCGCAUCGAGCGGGAGAAGCAGCUGUUUGUUGUUGCCCAGAAAAUCCAGACGCGCAAAGACCUCAUGGAUAAAACUCAGAAGGUGAAGGUGAAGAAGGAAACAGUGAACUCCCCAGCUAUUUACAGAUUCCAGACUCGCCGAAAACGUUGAUGUCUUAAAAAUAAGCCUCAGCAUUCUGUAUCGAAAAGAAUUCUUAUCUUUUUCUUCCUUUCUUUUGUAAUCACUUCAGAUUUUAUUACUUCAAACAGCGUGGUCUUCCUGUUUUGUAAUCAUGACUUACUGCCAACCCGAGACUUGACGUCUUUCUAUAAGAAUAGUAAAGCCCUUCCCCAGCGUCAUUGUUUCUGUACUGAUGAGUCGGGUCUCUUACAUAUCUACUUAUUUUCCCUAGAAGCGUCAUAUCAUCUCAUACAGCAAAGUAGAAAAUAGAUGAAUACAUUCCCAUUCUCAGUAUCUAAGGACAAUAUGUUUAUCCGUAGCAAGGCCUAGGGCUGCUGAUGUGAACAGCUACCACGGGUGUUCUGCUUUAUGGCCCCCAUUUGGGAGAGUUGUACAUUGGUUUUUGUUUAUGUUUUGUCAUUCUCCUUAAAGUAAAUUUUACAUUCUGAUUUUUAAUUA